AUGCCGAUUCAGGAGGACUUAAUCGACGUGCAAAAGCAGCGUGUCUUUUCGUUUAAAGACGUGGUAGUACGACCACCAUCGACAUCAAGACGUACCAAGAACAAGUUGUCUAUGGUUGUCAACAAUCAAAGCAGUAAGAAAGAAAAGAAGACGCGGACAAAAGGACCACGGACGAUUCGGUCGCGUAGCAUUGACAAGAUUGUAGAGAGUUCGAGCUUUACAAAACGUUGCGAGGCGUUGAAAUCACCUCAGAAACGAAACCAUGACGAGCCAAAAGGAGAAAACAAUCCGUGGACAAUUCCAAGUCGACGGACACCUGCAUCUCGUGGAAACUUGGAGACGGUGAAAAAGGUGACACCAUUGGAACAAAUGUGUAAGCGUGAAGAAUUGGUGUGUCAUACGACCGAGAGCUUGGAAGGACGGAAACGAGCAGCUCGGACAAUGUCGAGCUCUUUUGAAACGAGUUUGUUGCUGGAAAAAGACGAUCAGUUGAAUGGAAAAAGUGGCAGCUCUCGACUUUGUGCAGUGUCGGAGGAGCGACCGCUUGGGUGUCAAGAUUCUUUGACGUUGGGUGGGCCUACAUUUGAGUCAGAUACUCGUGAAACACUUUCUAUUACGUCAGGUGACAGCAGCCCUGAUAAAGUGGAUGAAAGAGGUCAUGUGUCGAAGAAGACGGAGAAGAAGGAAGACAUUCGGUGUCUUAUAUCUAGCGCCUCUCAGCUGCGUAGUCCCAUUGUGUCUAUCUCAUCUCCGUCAAGGACCUUGUUUUGUAGAGGCGAAGGACUUGUUUGUUCUCAUGAAAGGGAUCUGGCAGUUGGGUGUUCCACAAGUAGUAGACACCAGACGCGUAAAGGAUUGGAGAGUGACGAUGACUUUUUGGAUUGCGACGAUACCAACAGUGAAUCUACUGCCGAUUCUUCGUGUCCGAGUCCUCACCACAGUCCGCUGUCGCACUUUGGCUCACACCGCCGCUGUGACUUGAACGAGAUGGAGGCGUGCCAAGAAGACGACGAGUUGCUGAGUAUGUUAUCGAAAUGUGAAGAAGAGGAUGCAGAAGCGUACAUGCUGCUAGAUCGGAUAAACAACUUGUCGCUAGAGUUUGUGGCGAACCGAGAGUACGAAGAGUCAAAUGCUCUAUCAUGGUCCGUGCAGCAUGCAGCUCAACAAGGCGUAAUAUCUACGCAGUUGCAGCAGAAUCUGCUUACAAAUAUCUGCGAAGGGUAUCUUGACGACGCCCGGGAUGUAUUGUACCACAAGUGUCAUCUAGUGCCAGCAGUCGGCGGUGUCAUGGAGAGCCCGAUGCAGCCGACAAUGGAUCCAAAUGCGUUGCAGUCGUUUGCAGAUUAUGUGAAUAGCAUAUCACCCACUGACUUGCCUGAAGCUCGCAUACACAAAUUACAUGUGCUCAAGAAGAUGUCAGAUCUGCUUACAAAGUGGGUGAAAGUGGUCGGGCGCAAGCGCGAGCUGAGUGAAGAGCAUAUCACGUUGACAAAGGGAUCUCUAUUUCUUGCGGGUUCAUAUCGUCUAGGUUUGGAUGACCCCAAUUCCGACAUUGAUGCUGUGUGUGUGACGCCAUGGCAUGUGACCCACGACGACUUUUUUGGGUCGUUCUGUCAUCUACUGGAAAGGACGCCUGGAGUCUCUCACCUUGCACCUGUGCCUAAUGCGUAUGUGCCACUAAUUUCAUUGUCUUUCUUGGGGGUACGGAUGGAUUUGCUCUUUGCGCGACUACCUGUAUCAAGUGUGGAGUCGAACCAGAAUAUUGAUUCGGACCACAUGCUAGUUGGCGUGAAUGAAACCUCGAUGAAGGCUCUAAACGCCCCGCGUGUCAGCUCCAUGUUGUUGUGUUUAGUGCCAAGACGUCGCCAUUACCGAAUAGUGCUACGAGCCGUGCGCGCAUGGGCGCGGUGUCGUGGAAUCUACUCGGCCAAACUGGGAUACUUGGGUGGAAUUAGCUGGGCUAUCCUGGUUGCAUUUGUGUGUCAACUGUAUCCGAACGCAGAGCCCGCAAAGAUAUUUGUGCGUUUCUUCCAAGUACUGUCAGAGUGGCAAUGGCCACAACCUGUUAUGCUAAACAUGAUCUACGAUGCAGGACUUGGAUUUGAUAUGUGGGAUCCCCGUGAGAAUGUGUUUGAUCGAUCGCAUAUCAUGCCGAUUAUCACGCCGGCGUAUCCGCAUAUGAACUCGUCCGUCCAAGUCUCGCAAUCUACGUUCUCUGUAAUGUAUGAGGAAUUGUGGCGUGCGCGGUACUUGGCUGAGAUUGCCGUGGGUAUCUCCAAGCCAUUUUCUGCGGCUUCUCUUUCACCCGAGAGCUCAGAAGCUGACUUGAAAGCAGCGGUAGUAUGUAUGGCCACGUCAAUGCCUUCCUUCGAUCAGCCGCUCAAUGCAGUUCACUCGAUUCGAGGUGAAUCUGAGGCUAUUCCGGGUGUGUAUGAAGCAGGUGUAUGGGACAAGCUGUUCCAGACGUCCAAUUUCUUUAUCCGGUACAGCUCCUACAUGGUGUUUAACUUCGAGGCGGCCUCUGAACGUGCAAUGCACAAGUGGGGAAUGUUUGUUCAAUCGCGAAUUCGGAAGCUUGUUGACAGCCUUUACCACAUCUCGCCAGUUUCGCGAGUACAUGCGUACCCUCAAUAUUUCGCCCACGUAUGCGACGCCGAACAUCAGAGACCUGGUUCGUGUAUGUUUAUUGGCAUUGAGUUCCACUACCGCCGACAUCAAACUGUUCAGCCGAAAGAUGACCCGGAGGUGAAGAAAACGUUAGAGCAGACGAUUCGGUUUUUCUUGGCGACAGAUUUGCAGCAGAUGGAGGACAAGCAGCCCGAUAUGGCGGCUGAUGCCAAGGUGGUGAGCUGGAAAGAGCUGCCGGAAUUUGUUUUUCGUUCAGGUCGUAGCCAUGCCGCUCUGGAGCGUACAAAGUACACUGAUGACUUGGAAAAGAUGGGGUUUUCUCGCUGCAAUACACCUUCUUUCCGACCACCUUACUACAAUAACAGCUACAACCGCAACGGGAAGUGGCGAGGUGGUGGUCCGCGGAAGUAUGCAGGUGGGCAACGAAAACGUCGGGAGUUUCGCAAUAUCUCUCGAUCGUGCUCGGAAAUGCAAGCAGGGUGA